GGUGGUACUUCUCUGCCCACACGCAAUCGGGGCACUCAUCAGCAGCACCCUUUUCUGCUUCAUCUCACAAGGCUUCCGUCAUCCUGCCGGACCAAAGCCUUUAUUCAUCAUAUCUCAACUUCGCAUAUUGCAUCAUAUUGAUUGGCUUACUUCUAUCGCCUAACUGACCUGGUGAAUUGUGUUUCGACUCGGAGCAGCGCCGCGGUAGUUGUUGGCUUAGCGCCAUCUGCAUCAGCAUCCAACAUGGCCGAUUACGAUCGUCGAUAUCGCGGUGAUGGUGGUCGCGGAGGCUACAACCCAAGGAAGCGCAGGUACAAUGAUGACGACGACUAUGGCCGAAAUCGCGGUGGUGGCCGUCGACGACACGAUGGUAGCUCCCACGCACCACCCUUCAUCCGGAUACGAAAGCAGCUGCUGGGCCUUGCCGAGUCAGCGGCGCGCAAGUGGCAUGAGGAUGUCGUCUCUGUUUCGCGGCUGGUCGUAGAGAAUUAUGACGACGAGUUCGUGCGCAACGGCUUCCUGGACCUCGUGUGCCAGCUUGUGGUCGAGCAACCACUCAAAACCCCAUUUGUCGCCGCCGUUGUCCUAGUCACAAACACGCUCAAGUCUGAGCUUGUUGCCGAGUUACUGGCCAGGGUGGGCAAGGCCUUGGAAACAGCCAUCACAGCGGGCGAGUGGCGCGAUGUCAAGGCGCUGCUUAAGCUGCUGGCAUGCCUUCAGACAUGCCUUGAGGGUGAAGGCAUCUUCCCUGUACUGGAUGAGUUGUUCAACCGCGCAGUUGACCUGCAGACUGCGAGCUCUGAUGAUACCAUUGGUAUCGAACUGGUCAAGAUCAUCCUCCUGACAAUUCCAUACAUCAUGGCUGCGGCGCCUGGCCAGUGGAUAGACAAGGCCGCUGAGCUGAUGGACAAGACCGACGUCAUCGCCUCUGAAGACCACCCAAUGCAGAAGCUGGUUGACCCAUACUGCCCCGAGGCGGGCGAGAAGGACGUGGAGGCAUCGCCGAGUCUGCUUAGUCUGCUGCAGAAACAGCUCCAGACUGAGGCGGGUAAUGGCUGGGGCCUUGAGUGUCUGCCUCGGGCGUGGAAGAUGCCCCUAGAGGAGGUCGAGCAGCAGUCCAAGUUGGACGACUGUCCCAGGCACCCUCUGCCUACCAUAUCGGUCCCUGAGACUAUAAUCGCGGGCAGCCGACCGCUCUUCCCUGAGGUUUCUAUCUCGAUCUACGCUGCACAGGAUGUCGCCUCAGUACCCCCUGACACGACCAUCGCAGCCUCGCUCAUACGUGACGCCAUUCUCGAUACGAUCAAUACCCUGCACUACAACCGCAACGUAGUGGCGCGGUUUUUGAUUGACCUCGACUGUUAUUUCUCAAACGGCACUUUCGUCAAACGUGCUACGCCUUUUGAUCGUUUGCGAGACGUGGAGGCGGGCAAGUCGACUUGGAAGCCUGAAGACGUAGUGGUGGAUGCCGUAUUCUCUCAGAUUCUGCAGCUACCCAGGCCGGAACACAAGUUGGUGUUUUAUCAUUCUGUUCUGACGGAGACGUGCAAGAUCGCUCCAGCCGCCAUUGCGCCAAGUCUUGGAAGGGCAAUUAGGCACAUAUACCGCAACAUUCCGCGCCACGAUCUGGAGCUGAAUCACCGCUUCAUCGACUGGUUCUCGCACCAUCUGAGCAAUUUCGGAUUCACCUGGAAGUGGGUUGAAUGGGUUGACGAUGUAGAGCUGCCAGCUCUACAUCCUCUCAAGGCUUUCAUUGUCGGUGCUCUGGACAAGGAGAUCCGACUGAGCUUUGCGCAGCGCAUAAAGAACACUGUGCCGGACGAGUACAAGUCGUUGAUCGGUCCCGAGAAAGAGAUAGACGUUCCGGAAUUCAAGUACAAGAAUGAUGAUGUUCCUUUUGCUUCUCAGGGACGUGAGAUAGCAAACCUCCUCAAGAAGAAAGAGCCGGAUGAGGCCAUCCAGCCCUUGAUUGAGGAAAUACAAAACGGUGCGGUCGACCAAGGCCUUGAUCCUUUGGUCACCAGCACCGAUGUCUUUAUGACAGCAGUUCUGGCCGUGGGGAGCAAGUCCUUGUCGCAUGUGCUUGCAUGCAUCGAGCGAGUCAAGGACAGACUUCUUGAUGCCGGGGCCGCAUCGGUUGCUGCACGGAUACAGGUUAUCGAGGCCGUCAUGGCAUACUGGUCCGCCCAUCAGGGCGUGGCCCUUUCCAUCGUCGAGAAGCUGCUCAAUUACGCCAUCCUGACACCGGCCGUCGUUGUCGAGUGGGCCGUUGGUGCAGGACGAGGCGCAGUUACUGCCAUAGAGGAUGACGAGUCACGGCUGGCGCAAGAUCACAUCUACGAGCUCGUUCUCAACACUGUCCGCAAGGUUACUGGCCGAGUGAGGCAAGUGGCCCUGACCAAGGCGCAAAACCUGGAUGGUGAUGUCUCCAUGACUGAGGACCAGGACGGCCCCGAGGUCAAAGAGAUGCGCGAGUUGUUUCAGCUUAUAGAGCACGCUCUCGCAGCAAGGGCAUCGUCGCUUGCAAGCAAUAAGCUACUCGCCCGCCUCUGGGUGGACCGCUGGCAACGCGCAUUUAAGAGAUGCGCGGCCAUUGAGGAGAACUUCCUGAUCGAGGUAGAGAAGAAUCGCAAGAAGCAGGCGGCCAUUGCUGCUGCUGCACCUGCCCCCGAGGCCAAGCCCGAGGUCAAGGACGGCGACAUUGAGUAACCGGCAUGUGUAGUAAGAUAUGGCUUUGGUUCGGCCUUAUUUUCUUUCCGAGUACACGGGAUUCGACGCAUGCAAACCCGUGGACUUUCAAAAACAUCUCCGCCGCUGUCUUCCUGAUAUCAGGCAAGCCUGGCAAUUUUGGUUCUUGUACCUGUUGUAUCUUUAGUCACAAUUCGACAUUUUCUAACUUGGGGCGUGGAUGCCUUGUAUGGCAUCAGGAAUUGAUUGAGGGCUCGAUAGGUUCAUCGUCUCUGAUCAGAAUGGGGUGCGGGUAGGAAUGUGUUCCUGCAAGCAACAAAGAGUCUGGUUGGAAGCCAGCCAUACCGGUACUAUUGGUUUCUUUGGCACCAAGUUAGGCGUUAUUGGUAUCGAAGAGUUCACUGCUGCCGCUGCCUUUGAACCGCCGCUCAAAGGGUUCAUAGGCGGUCUACGUAGCGGGUCAUCCCAUGAGGGGUGGAUCAUCACACUAGACAGUCGUAGAAAAAAAACAAGAAUGCAUUUCCCCG